AUACUAUUAGGAAUAUUGUUUUGGCAUAGUAAAAUAUACAUCCCUCCGGUACCAUUGCUAAUUUUCUAAAUCAUGUCAUUUCAUGUUCCAUUAUUCUUUUGCAUUUUUCUGUUUUAGGGUUGUAUUCAAACAAACGGACAUGGAAUCAAUGACAUCCUAAUUUAAACAUGGUUAAAAUUGGAUUUGACUGCCGCUUUAACAUCUACAUUUAAGAUGAUGCCUUUUUCUCCCUUUUUCCCUUCCAACAUUUGCUGGUAAUUAGACAUACCGACAGGAAGCGGGGGCCAUUGUGGCAGACUCUGUUGCCAUGGCGACGCAGCACUAGGUGUCAAGCUUAUUUUCUGAUUUUAAAGAGACGGCGGCGGAAGGAUGAAGAUGAAUGAUGUGUGAUGUGUGCAAGUGGCCUGGGAGAAACCGUCAAACCUUCCAUUCAUAACCCCCCCCCCUCCCCAUCUCCGUCAUUCACUGUGUUGUCAUCACCUCAUUUGAGGGAGGUGUGGGGGGGGGGGGACAUGGAAUCCCGCUCAGCUGUUCCGAGCAAGUGCGCAUCUGCCUGAGAGGGAGCAUUUGUAUUUCUACACGACAAGUGGUUCGACCUUGACUGUAUUAGCCAUUUUAGCCCCCCCCCCCCCACACACACACUCCUACUUGACCCUUCCUCAGCCAUCCUAUGCUGCAUAAUGGAGCCGCAAGCGAGUUCCAACUUGUUCUACGCUCGAUGACUAAGAAUAGCGCCCUGAGGGGCUCCUCUUUCAAUACACACUUUUGGCAUUCUCAGGCUUGUUAGGCCACCUCGCUGAGGGGAGCAGUGGCUAUCCCAUAGUUGCAACCCCCCCUGAAAUUUGGUCAACAUGGCUAUCGGGAGUAAACCCACCAAAAAAAGUCGCAGGAAGCCAUCCUUGAAACGGCACAGGCAAUCGGCCAUUUUGCUGAAGCCGCCAUUUUGUUUCAGUGCACCCUAUAGAUUCUCCCGUUCUCCUGAAGCCAGUUUCCUUGAGCGACGUCACGUUUCGUAGACCCACAAAAACGUUUCAAGACUCCAUGCCGGACCAGGACAGAGGGAGUCUGCCAUUUUGGUUUGAAGUGGCCAACUGAUUUUGGUUCCAUGUCGCACAUUUUCAUGGGUCCUUCAAAAACAAACUGACGCUCGAGAUUUUUCUCCGAUUGCUAUCCAAUUUGUACCACGUGUACUGGGCAGAUGGAUGACUGUCACGUGAAGAAUUUGAGUGUCCGACAUUGCUUGUGGGCGAAGCUUGAAGAUUCGCCAAAACCGUAAAAAUCUUGGGUGGUCACAAUGUUCUAACUUUCUAUAUGCAUGCCAAACGAAUCGAUGUUCUCUGGGGGAAAUAUUGUCCGUGUAAUAAGAAGGGUUGAGGUUUGAAGAGGCUGGCACGCAUACGCAGGAUGCGGCGUGCAGCUGCACAUCAUCUGGCGGCAUUGUCCCCCGCACGGCUCGUCACGACGUCGAUGGUUCUCCUCCUUUGUGAAUGGAGGCCGAGGAUGUCGUGACGGGAAGCUCCGAGCAUCUCACAAAAGAACCCAGAGGCUUUUUUUUUUUCCUUUUCUCCCAUUCUCCCACUUCCUCCUCGUCAUACGCCAACCGAAUUGCACCUUUUGAAGGGUAGUUCUCGAUUCUUGAUGAAUGAAGAGCAGCUUUUGACAAUGCUCAUGACAUCUGACUAACGCCCCCCCCCCCCCUCCCUCCCUCGCGCUUCUCCUCCUACCCAGCCUGAGUGAGCAGCCAGAGCCGGAGAGGAAAAGCGCCCUGAAACGUGGGCCGUUGUGUAAUCCCUCCAAGGGCCCCUUUGCUAUUUUUGUACCCGGGUCUGCACGUCAUGCUUGGGUAUUUUCUCUGGUGACUGGCUCGCAUCAAUAGAACGCUCCAAAUGUGCGCCGCUCCUGCCGCCACUCCGGACUGAUGGGACGUUUACCCUCGCGUUUUUUUCCCUUAUCCCGCUGGAGGCAGAAUGGACGGUGCGGGAUGAGGAAUGAGGAUGCGGGACGUGGAAGGAGAGGCGGGGGCUGAAAUGUCAGAUGAGCCGUCGCACGUUUAUAUCAACAUCACUACCGACACCUAAGAAAUAUUCUCCCCAAGAAACGAUCGCGACGUCGGAUUAAUGGAGUCACUCGAAACUGCCACGGGCUCUCCGGAAGGUCACGACAGAGAUGUCGCACCCAAAAAAUGCACACCCGAGGCAGCCAAGAUAAGUAGGAGUCCAUCGGUGGAAAUGGAGGGCAAAGGGUGGCGCCAGCACCUGCAAGAGGGCCCGGCCAGAGACGCAUGCGCUUCCAAAAAAGCGCCCGCCUCAGGGAAGUCACUGACUUUUGAGGAUUCCAUCUCCCAAAUCGAAGACACGGAAACGUCUUCGUUUUCACUCCAGGCCGCCAAAGCGGCCGGCAGACCGAAGAGGUCCCCUAGCUCACCGGAACGACAGAGUUGCUAUUCGGGGAUGGAGCCGCAGCCGGAUACCGGCGGUAAGGCUGAACCGAAAGCGCAGAAGCCCGGAAAGUACGUUUGCGAUUACUGCGGAAGGGCGUGCGCCAAACCCAGCGUGCUGAAGAAACACAUCCGCUCGCACACCGGGGAGCGGCCCUACCCGUGCGUCCCCUGCGGGUUCUCCUUCAAAACCAAGAGCAAUUUGUACAAACACCGAAAGUCCCACGCCCACUCGGUCAAGGCCGGAACGUCGCCGUCCUCUCAGAACGUCAAUGCGGACCAGGGGUCUUUCGAAGGCGAAGGCGAGUUGUUCUCCGACGCCGAGCAGAGCACGGACACCGACGAGGACGCGUUCAACGACCCGCUGCUGCUGCUGGACUCCCCGGCGGAGGCUUCGGAUCACACGGCCGUCAAAGUGCUCAACCUCAUUUCUCACAAAAAGGCAUCCGCGACGUCGACUCAGGACGGCCCGGAAACGACCGCCUCAUCCGUCGCCGCCGUCGAGGCUCACCGUGCGAUUCAAACGUGCACGAUUAAACAAAGGCUCGCGCUUCGGCUGUCGGAAAAAAGGAGCAGCGACUCGGAACACAAUCUGUCCCUUCCGAGUCAGUCGAGCAAAGGCAGCACCGAUUCGGGCUACUUUUCCCGAUCGGAAAGCGCCGAGCAUCAGACCAGUCCCCCGAAUGCCAACGCCAAGUCCUACCAGGAAAUUAUGUUUGGCAAAUGUUACAGGCCCAGCCCCAAGCAGACCACGGCGUACGUUUCCGGCGAAGCGGGAAGAUGUUCCGAGAAAGGAGUUUCUCGUGUUUUCACCCAGGAAAAAGACACGGUGGAGUCCAUUAAAAUAAAUACAAAGUCCUUCACGAGGGAAGAGGCGAAAGAAGCGCAGUUCGACAGCGGCUCCGACACGGGGACCCUCCUCAGGAGCAACUCCAUGCCCACGUCGUCGGCCGUCGGCCUGACCGUGCCGCAGGCGCUCCGGGGCAGUCACUCGUUUGACGAGAGAACGAGCAACGCCGGCAUGAGGAGACUCCGCCGGCAAGCCGCUUUCGAGCUGCCGUCCAACGAGGGCCACGCGGAAAGCGACGGCCACGGGAAGGCGAGCGACGCGCCGCUCGCCGGGCCGGAAACGGACAAUUAUCCAGCGAGCGGGAACCCGCAGAGGCACGCCGUGGAAUUAGCCACGCGCAAGCGCCGGAAAGAGAAACGGGAAGAGGAGGAUCCGCCGCCUCGGUAUGAGGCGCAUCACGAACAGUGCGAAGAAAUGUUCGACUCCGGGAAGGAUUACGAGACGACGGUCGUCGGCCACGGGGCGGUCGGCGUCGCCAAAGGACGUUUGAGUACGCAGCCGGACGGCGUCGACAUGGACGUCUCGGUCAGCCCUGAAACGUGCGCUCGGAAAACAUUAGGGAAUGUCAUUUCGGUGAUCCAGCACACCAAGUUCAUCAACAGGCCUCACGCCGACCCGUCCGAUUCCUACAAGAGUCUCAGGCAGAGGCGGGAGGCCUUUUCCUCGUUUCAGCCCAUGGAGGAGUCGUUUGAGAUGGACAGAGGCGACGGCGUCUUGAGGCAGUCCUUUCAGUUGGCUGCCAAACUGGUGCGGCAGCCCAACAUCCAAGUGCCGGAGAUCAGGGUCACCGUGGAGCCCGACAGUCCCGAAAAAGCCGCGGACGCGCCGGCGAAGGAGCCCGAGAAGCACGCGGAAGAGUUUCAGUGGCCGCAGAGGAGUGAAACUUUAGCCCAGUUCCCUCCCGAAAAACUGCCCCCGAAGAAGAAAAGGUUGCGGCUGGCCGACAUCGAGCACUCCUCGGGGGAGUCCAGUUUCGAGUCGGCCUGCGCCGGUCUCUCGCGAAGCCCCAGUCAGGACAGCAACUUAUCUUACGGCUCCGCCUUCUCCUUCGACAGGGAGGAGAGCCUGAAGCCCGUUUCCCCGGCCAGACAAGAUGAAUUCGGCAAGCCUCUGGAGCGCUUAGCCGUGCCGGGAAGCGGCCGCUCGCUCUCCGUUCUCCAUCAUCGCCAGCAACACGAAAUGAGACGCUCCUCCUCGGAGCAGGCGCCUUGCAAUUUGCGCAAGGAGCUCCCGGAGGUGCGCAGCGUAUCGUUCGACUACGGGAGCCUGGAUCCGACAUCCAAAGUGAGACCUCCGGGGGACCUGGCGAAGGAGAGGCGGCGGGGCAACCUGGUGCGCCAGGAGUCGCUGAGCAUGGACGCGGAGGCCUCGCACGCGCACGCGUUUCCGUCGCCACUGCCCGUCUUCUCGACCGGGAACGCGCUCCCCCGUCCUCCGCAUCCCGGUUUGUUAAUCCCCGUCCGGAUCCAAACUCACGUGCCGAGCUACGGCAGCCUCACGUACACGUCCGUGUCGCGGAUCGUCGACAAUUACUACGACGGAGUUAGCCCGGCGUUAACGCCUUCUCAGAAUCGAGCCGCCGCUCACGCGGUCUCUAUCCAAGUCCUGGACCUGUCCUCGGCCAAGCUCAAAACUGGCAUCCCCCUGUCCCUGACCUCCCGGACCAUCUCCACCACCAACGCGUCCAGCGGCGGCGCCAACAAACGCAUGCUCUCGCCCGCCAGCAGCCUCGACCUUUUUAUGGAAGUCAAGCAGCAGAAGCGCGUGAAGGAGGAGAGGAUGUUUGGGCAAAUUGUGGAGGAGCUGAGCGCGGUGGAGCUGGGCAAGUGCCACCUGGAGGAUGACUCACACGGGAGAAAGUUGAUCGCGGCUCGGAAAGUGACCGACGACCGCAGCGCCGAGUCCGCUAUGGAGAGCGGCUUGCCCGCGUAUCCCAAAGAAACGUGCGCGGAGAGACGUGCGCAGAUGGACACGGGGGCGCAGCCGCCCUUCGGCCGGGACGUCGCGGUCUCGGAAGCCGAGCGCCGCGGGACGCCGUCUCCCUUUCCGAGUCUUCGCACGGCGACGGGUGUGAGCUGGUGUUAUCUCAGCUACACCAAGCCGAGCUGCUCGCACGACGACGAAGGCGCCGCGCCCUAUUCCGUCUACGCCACCUGGCGCGUCAGCUCCCGCAAUCCCAAUCCGCCGGAACUGAGCACCAGCGCCGCGCUGGCCCUGCUGCACUCGCGACAGAAGGGAGGCAAGUUGAUCUACUCGAUGGCUGCCAUGUGUCAGCCCGACAACGGGAAACUGGUUUCAUCCCUUGUGCUGUGGCGACAGACGGCGGAACAGCUGCAGAGGAAACCGGAGCCCAAAGAGACGGACGUCAACCCGGGCAAGAAGGCGAAAGACACCAGCUUCAGACUGAAGGCUGCCAAAGAAGAGUGGAAGGAGAGGGAGGCGUCAAAUACCCAAACAGCUCCCACGCGCAUCAAGAUCUUCGAGGGAGGGUAUAAAUCCAACGAGGACUACGUGUACGUCCGAGGCCGCGGGCGGGGCAAAUACAUUUGCGAGGAGUGCGGCAUCCGCUGCAAGAAGCCCAGCAUGCUCAAGAAACACAUUCGGACCCACACGGACGUGAGGCCUUACAUCUGCAAGGUCUGCAACUUUGCAUUCAAAACGAAAGGUAACCUGACAAAGCACAUGAAGUCGAAGGCGCAUAUGAAGAAAUGUCUCGAGCUGGGCGUGUCGGUGAGCAUGGAUGAGACGGAGAUACAGGAACACGUAGACGAGGCGCCACACGAAUCCAAGGCGGAGGUGGCGGUGGCGGCCAAACAUCAGUUCUCCGACGCCGAAUAUUCGGACGGCAUGGACGAAGACGCGGACGACGUCGACGAAGACGACGACGAGGACGACGACUGCGAGGGCGACUCCACGCCCAAGCUACGUUCCAGGAGCACCAGUCCGCAGCCGGGCGGCGGCAUCGCGUCCCUGCCGGUCACCGUCACCGUCUCCGGCAGGUGGCCGGGCUCGGACCAGAGAGACAAGACGGUGGAGGAUGACUCGCUGAGCGUUCUGUCCCCAGAACAGGCCGGCUUCCUCUUCGACCCUUAUUCGUCGUGUCUCCUCUCACCCGGCUGGGAGUCCCCCAUCAGGGAACUGUCCCCAUCCCGUCUGCGAUACCCGUCCCCGAGGCGUGAGCUCUCGCCGCGGGGUCGUUGCUCCCCCAGAUGGGACGCCUCCCCGCUGAGGCCGGCCUCGCCCGGAUUCUCGCCCAUUCAGCAUCUCUCUCCUCCUGUGGCGCCGGAGCGACCCGCGUCGCCCGGGGCGGAGAUGGCCGGGAAGCGGGAGUCUGCGGUGCGGGGCAGACAGCGGGUCGUGCUGAGGGCCGUUUCGCCGCGUCGGGGCGGAUCCCAUCAGCAGCGCGGCUGCAGCGACAAGAGCAGACAGCAGCACCCCAAGUUCGACGUGGCUCAGCAACAAGGAGCCUUUGAGAUGGAACUGGAGCAGAGGAGCAUCUCGAGCCUUCCCGUCGCCACCGGUGGUCCCCCGCAGAAUCUCCUGAGCCACCUCCCUCUCCAUUCUCAGCAGCAGUCCGUCAGCUUGCUCCCCCUCCUUCCCGUCGGAGGAGCCUUCCUCCUGCGGGCGUCACCGCCUUCCCCCGCGUCCUCCGACGUGCCGCCGAGCCCGCCCACCUCCGAAAUGGCGCAAGAGGAACGGGGAAGCCCGGAUUCGGGCAUCAGGGACGGCGGCCAGGAGGAGAAUGUCCAAACGUGCUUGAAAGCCAUCGCCUCCCUCAAGAUCAACACGGAGGAUCCGCAUUAGAGACCUUGGGCCGCCACCCACUUUGGCAAUAUGACGACAAAGCUUCUCGGCGGCAAGGAGUCCCGCUUCGCUCUUCUCUUCGGACUGCCUCGCUCACAAUCAAAACGACGGGACCCUUCAUAGAUAAGCGCCCUCAUCCGGGUGACCUUGGGUCACCACCCGCUUUUUUUGGGUCCCGACUGAGGCAAUAUCGCUUCUUGGCUUCUUUCGGACUGGAUGAGCAAACGAUUCUGAACUAUUCUUAAUGAUCAUUGGGUGCAGGUGCAAUAUGAAGAUAUCUACUGUAUAAUGCUAAUAUGCCUUUCGUUUGACAUAGCAGUUUGCAUACGAUUGCACAUAAAUUAUAUUUAUAGAUAACUGUACAAACCCCCCCCUGCCCCCCCCUUUUAUGUAUUACACUCCCUCCUCCUUAGAUGCGGUGUAUUUUAACGUAUGUGUACUUUGCAAAUAGACUGUUGUUUCAUGUACUCAUAUCGAGGUGUGAUACAGUAGUGCAGUACUUAUCUAUAUUUAAAAUAAAAUAAAGGUGGUGGGGAGGGGGGCGUACCCUGAGACGGCCCAUAUUUUGACGUUUCUUGCGCGACGAGGGUCUGUGCCUUUAUUUCGCUUGGGAAGAUGUUUCAAACGGUCGAGGAAAAGAGCUUUGCCACCUCGAUUGAUCUUUUUAAAAACAAAAAAAAAAAACAACAGAAGGACAAACGACAAGCUUUCCUUUUUUCUUCAUGUUGUGGUUUUUAUCUUGCAUGAGAUUUACGAUUGCACAAACACGACAGGAAGUCAACAUGUAAUUACUGUAAGAUGUAUUUAUAUAUUAGGACGUAAGCACCUAUUGAUACUGGUAAAUAUUUGACUACUAUUUAUAUAUGGUGUGCGCAUAUAUAUAUAUAUAUAUAUAUAUAUAUGUACUUAUUAUGCAGCAGUGAUGCAAGUUAUGCAGUGAGCCACCAUGCUGGUGUUGCUUUUGAUAUCUUUUUUGCUCUCUUUCCUCUCCUGUAUCGACCAUGAUAACAAGUCGCUGCCGUGUUCCCACAAUGCACUUUGUCACGUUUUGACGUCGGGAAUGAACGACGUGGGGAAACGUUUUGUUUCCCGGCGCUUUUUUGAAACAUUCCACUUUUUUUUUUAAUUUUAUUUUU